UCUCUCUAUUCACUCUCAACAAAGAAAAAUUAAAAAUUUCAAAACGAAAACUUGAAGGUGGGGGAGAGAGAAAAAAACAGAGCGAAAAAAAGUAGAGCUUUUUGGUGAUUCUAGAUUUCAAAUUCCCUUUUAGAUCUCUGUUUUCAAUUUUUCAUUUGUGGGGUAGUUCCCGGGUUUUGAAUUUUCUUAUUAUUCAUCCAAAGUUGGUGCAUUUUCGCUGUAGAAUUAUGGUUUUCCUUGCAAAUUUCGUUACUUGAUUGCAAAUUCGUGAUUGAAGAGAAGGUUCUGGCAUAUUGAUGCUUAUGGUUAUUUGAUGAGCUAUAUGUGUUCCUGCUAUGGUGUUGAAGAGGAAGGUAGAUUAUGGAUUCAGGGGCUUUCAGGUCCCAUUUGUACCUAGAUUUCCUAGAUCUGUAAGAAGGAGGAGUGCCUCUAAGAAACCUGCUAAGGAUGGCCGAGCUUAUGCAUUUGAAAUACUGGCAUCUGUGGCGGGCAAGUUGUUGCUUGAGGGUGAAAGUUCUGCGUCAAGCAAUGCUUCUGAAGGAAAUCAUCAACCUGCCAUUAGCCAAGGUGUUGUCGAGAAGGGAAGUCAGGACAAAGUUAGACCAUUAAAAGCAGAGGAGAUUCAUCGUGGAAGUAGUGUGGAGAGUAUUUUUAUAUCUGAGGCUGGAACACCAAAGAGCGGUCAGAAGCGCCUUGAGCAUGCUGAGACUGAUUGUGUGCUAGAGUGCAUUUCAAAUAAUAAUAAUAAUAAUUUCGACUGUUGGGGGAAAGAUGAAACUGAUGUGAAGUCCGAGAUUUUCAAGUUGGAGAGUAAGUUUGGACAUCAUUCUCAUAGGUUAUCGGAAGUACCUGAAGAGUCAUCUGAUGGUAAUGUAAAAAAUGGAUUUAGGGUGGAACAUGGGGCGAAUGGUUCAGGCUUGAAGAAAUCAUAUUUGGAUAAUAAGUUUAGUGUGAAGGAUCAAUUAGAACUGUGUGUUAACUCUCCUGCACUAAUUGACACAAAAAAUAAUGUUAAUAGUCCAUAUUGUAGGAAAUUGUUUCCCAACAUUUCCUUUCCAAGGAAUGGGAAUGAUAUUAAGUUAGGUUUUAGAGAUGAUGACGAAAAACUGUUAAGAUGCAAAAAAGUUUGCACCAAGCCAAAGGCUUUUAGGUCUCCUCAACUCAUUGCACGCCGAAAAUUGAGGAAGAUGCUAGCUUAUAAAUACUGGAAGGCUGCACCAAAGUUGAAGGAUUAUGAGUAUUCUAGAUCUGAAGAGGGAGUUAAACCACUGUAUGAUACGAGGAAGAUUGGUUGCAGAUUUGAAAGAUCACAGCAUAACACACUAUUCAAGAGGAGGAAAUUCUUUGAUCGGGGUUCAGUGCUAACAUCUGAUGGAGGAUUCAGCAGUGAUAGUGUAUCUAAUUUGCCUAAGAAAGGAAUGGAUCGAGACAGCCAUAGAUCAUCUUCAAAACUGCAUGUGUCUAAGGAUUCUCAUGUGAAGUUCAGCAUUAAGUCAUUCAAGAUACCAGAGCUUUAUAUUGAUGUUCCUGAAACUGCAACUGUUGGUUCAUUAAAGAGGACAGUAAUGGAGGCAGUGAUGACUUUACUUGGAAGCGGAAUGCAUGUUGGUGUUCUUGUUCAGGGUAAAAAAGUUAGAGAUGACAACAGAACUCUACUGCAGACAGGUAUAUGCCGUAAAGAAAAGUUGAAUAAACUUGGUUUCACACUGGAGCCCAAUUCUAUUCAAGAUUCUCCAGCUGAUUGUCUCGGCGAUCCUUCCCAAUGUGAAACAUCUCAGCCUAUCAGGUGAACCCAAGUGGAUAAGAUGGUUUCUUUUGCCAUAGCGGAUUUGUCUUUGCCAAUAAGUACAGAGAACUUUGUUGAAAGUAACCACGAGCGAACAACUUCUCCGACUGACACUAUAGCUGACAUAACAACACCAGAUUCCAGAGUGCUAGUUGCUGUUCCACCUAGGAGCCCAGAAGCAUUAGCUACGGUUCCUGUGAGUCAGAAAACUAAGCGCCUCGAACUUGUACAGCGUCGAACAAGGAGACCCUUCUCUGUUUCUGAAGUAGAAGCACUUGUGGAGGCAGUUGAGGAACUUGGAACUGGAAGGUGGCGUGAUGUAAAGUUGCGAGCUUUUGAGAAUGCAGACCAUAGAACUUAUGUAGACCUUAAGGAUAAAUGGAAAACAUUAGUGCACACUGCAAAAAUUUCGCCUCAACAAAGGAGAGGAGAGCCAGUUCCCCAGGAUCUGUUGAAUAGGGUUUUGACUGCACAUGCUUACUGGUGUCACCACCAAGCCAAGCAGCAUGGGCAUGGCAAGAACCGGGCUCUUACCAUGAAGACUCCAGAAGCUUCUGCUGAAGAACUCAGUGUUGGUGCCGUCCAACCACUUGUGAUUAUAUAGAAAGAAAGAAAAUGGUUGAUGUUGUUGACUUAUGCAACGAACUUGUACAUUUUGAUUCAAUUCCCUUGUAAUAUUCUCUCACCAAAUUCAUUGCCAGCCUUUUAGUUGCAUUGAGGUGUUGGCAUUUGUAAAUGAUUUGAAGGAAUAAGAUUGUUAUGGUAGGAACUUAACUAUGUUCUUUCAAUUUCUUGAAUGUAAGUAGAACUGUCCAAUGAACAUGACAGCAUAGCAAAGAAAUAGGAAAGUGCUGUUGAUUCCUUUUAUUGUUGA